UUUAAACUAUUAGCGGCCACUUUUACUGCUCUCUUGUCCUGUAAGAGAGUGGGACCCUCAGUAUGCACAAGCUGAGGGGAGGCCCUGGCCCUCCCAUCCAGGACAUAUAUGAAUUCUCUCUGGAUGAGGAGGACCCUAAAGUUUUCCUCGGGGCCAGGAGUGCAAGGGUGGUGUCUCCUGCGGCCGACUACAUCAGGUCUGAGCAUGAGCAAGCCGGUAUGUUCUCCUUGUCUCAGAUGGAGGGCCAGGAACCGAUGGAGCCUGUGGUACCCCUUAAAAAGAAAAGGAAGAGAUGCGGCUUAUGUGGGCCUUGCAUGAGGAAGGAGAACUGCGGUACCUGCAGCAACUGCCUGAACCGAAAGAUCGGACACCAGAUCUGCAAACUGAGAAAGUGUGACGAGCUGAAGAGGAGGAAGAGCCCAUGGGAGACUGUUUCUGUGGUGGGUUCAGUGGAUGGCCCCAGAGGAAGAGGCCAGAUGGAAAUUGGGUCCCAUGACCGCCUGGAUGAAGGCGUGUUAAACCAGGAACUGUCUAAUGGGCUUAGCAAACAUGCAACAAAUGAAGAAAAUAUUUGUGAUGAAGAAGUCAGAGGCGUGGCCAGGGAGCAACAUCAGCACAACUACCACGAGGGAGCUGGAUGUAUUUCCCAGACACUAGGUCGGGUCCCUGAGCAUGCUGGGAAGUCAAAUCCUGAAUCUCAACAGGGUGCUUGGAGUGGCCAAAAUGCCAGUACACCAGUGAAUGAUGUGGAUAUGGAGGAUGCACGAACCCUGGUGGCCUUUUCUGCUACUGUUGGCUCACUGCCACCUUUAACCAACCGUCAAUCCUCGCCUUCACUUAAAGGUUUUCUUGAGUCACCAUUGCGUUACCUGGACACUCCUACUAAGAACCUGCUAGAUACACCUGGGAAAGAUGCCCAACCUGAGUUUCCCACCUGUGACUGCGUAGAUCAAGUCCUAGAAAAGGAUGAGGGUCCAUAUUACAAUCACUUGGGAUCUGGGCGAGACAUUGCUUCAGUCAGACAACUAAUGGAAGAGAGAUAUGGGGAGAAAGGCGAAGCCAUUCGUAUUGAGAGGGUGGUUUACACAGGGAAAGAAGGAAAGAGCUCUCAGGGAUGUCCUAUCGCUAAGUGGGUGAUUCGUCGCAGCAGUGAGAAGGAGAAAUUGUUAUGCGUUGUGAAGCAACGGCCUGGGCACCACUGUGUCAAUACUGUUAUUGUUGUUGUCAUCCUGUGCUGGGAGGGCGUGCCCCGUGCUCUGGGAGAUAAACUCUACAAAGAAAUAACAGAAACCCUCAUCAAAUAUGGCAAUCCCACCAGCCGCCGCUGUGGACUCAAUGAUGAUCGAACCUGUGCAUGCCAAGGGAAGGACCCAGAAACCUGUGGAGCUUCCUUCUCUUUUGGCUGCUCCUGGAGCAUGUACUUCAAUGGAUGCAAGUAUGCUCGAAGCAAAACCCCUCGCAAGUUCAGACUGCAUGGAGACCACCCCGAAGAGGAGGACAAUCUCAGGGAUAACUUCCAAAACUUGGCCACACAUGUGGCCCCUGUGUAUAAGAGGCUGGCUCCCCAGGCCUACAGUAACCAGUGUUUAAAUGAGAAGAUUGCCUCAGACUGUCGGUUGGGUUUGAAGGAAGGACGGCCAUUUUCAGGAGUCACUGCAUGCAUGGAUUUCUGUGCCCAUGCUCACAAAGACCAGCAUAACCUCCACAAUGGCUGCACUGUGGUGUGCACUCUUACGAAAGAGGACAAUCGCAGAGUGGGCACAAUCCCAGAAGAUGAGCAGCUGCAUGUGCUUCCGCUCUACAAGAUUUCUUCAGCCGAUGAAUUUGGAAGUGAGGAGAACCAGCGUCUCAAAAUGCAUACAGGAGCCAUCCAGGUGCUCACUAACUUCCGUCGACAGGUUAGAAAACUUCCAGAACCUGCUAAAUCCUGCCGGCAGCGUCGGUUGGAGGCCAAAAAGGCUGCAUCUGAGAAGAAGAACAGGAAAUUGCAGCUUGCAGAAACCCCAGAGAAGACUGUCAAGAUGGAGAUGCACCACGUGGAGUCACCCCACCCUCAGCAAAGCAAUAAAGCUAUUCCAAAACAGGAGGUGAAACCAACCAUCAAAAAGCCUGUCGACCACUUCCAGCCCUUCAAUGGAGCCAUACAUGGCUACCCAGCACUAGGGAACGGCAAGACAACCUCUGAUCCACACAGCAUGCACAGUUCGUUGUCAUACCCUGGAAACUAUGCAAGAGGUUGCAUCCCUACCAACAGCCAACCUCCUGCACAAAGCCCCAUCAAUGGCUUUCACCCCAACCUCCAAGAAAUAUGCUACGGUUAUUACAACUACCCUCCCAGCGCACUUUUUCCUCCUGAGCUCUUGGGAUAUGAUAAUGGAGCCUGGCCCAAAGCUGGAGAACCCUCUGCCACACCAUUUGACCAGAAGCCAGAUGUUCAGUGUCUUCAAGCCAAACUGGCACAGGCCUAUCCCAGCCGUCCUGUGCAGUUACAGCAGCAAAUGGCUGAUGCAUCCGUUCAAGGCUUCCCACACCCUUCUGAGGUUUCCCAGUGUCGUACUCCAUCACGUGAGCAAACACACCGCUCUACACCUAUCAUUAAGCAGGAGCCCAUGGAUGUGCCCCUAUAUGAUGGCAGAUCGGAUGGGCAAGCUCAAUGCUGCCCUAGCACUCCCAGUACCACGCCAAAACCUAAAGGCUGGCCUGGGCACAAACCAAACGGCAGCCUAGUCCCUCAAGGCUGGGAUGGAAAUAUCAGACCAAGUCCAACUGAUUUGCCUUUCACUCCGGACAAGCAGAGGCUCCACCAGCAACACCCACACCAACAUGAACACCCUCAGUAUCUGCAGCAGCAACAAUGGAAUUCCUAUUCCUGCCCUAACACUCCAAUGCCAUCCCCUGCCCCAUCUCCGUCCCCAUCCCUAAAAGCAGGUCCAUCACCUGCACCCUCUCCACAUCCGUCCACCCCAAGACAGUGGGUUAGCCCUGCCCCUAGUCCACAACCUAAAGCAUGGGGUCCUUGCGGACCCAUAGGUUACGGUACUGGUUGUAUAAGGCAAGGCAAUCCUGCUGGUGCUCUCCCUGAUAAAAUGCUUUCCCUAGCAGGUGAGAAUUGUGGGUCUGCACCUCUGGGACUCCAGGAGAAAGCCUGGAAAUCUGGUGGUGGAUCAGCAGCAGGCAGCACACCCUCUCCGGCUCCUGAGGGACGCUUGUUUCCCGAUGCACUGCAAAAGUCGGAUGGUCAGGCAUGUUGGGACAGUGAGGCAGAGACCCAGAGUGAACGUGACCCUGAGGAGGAAGAGGUGUGGUCAGACAGCGAACACAACUUCUUGGAUCCCAACAUUGGAGGAGUAGCAGUGGCCCCUGCUCAUGGUUCUAUCUUGAUUGAGUGUGCCCGUCGGGAGCUCCAUGCCACCACGCCACUUAAAAAGCCUGACCGCUCUCACCCAAGCCGCAUAUCCCUGGUCUUCUACCAGCACAAGAACCUGAACCAGCCCUGCCACGGUCGGGCUUUGUGGGAAUCCAAGAUGAAACUCCUGGCCGAGCGAGCACGACAGCGGCAACAAGAAGCUGCUCUUUUGGGUCUCUCACAGGAAGAUCUUAAGGCCUAUGGGAAAAAACGCAAGUGGGCGGCUGGAUCAGCGAGCCCAUCCCCUGGACAAACCAAGGACAAACGAGAGGGUGUGAUGACACGGAUGGCGCCCACACAGCAUACCACCACCCUAGUCACAGUUUCACCCUACCCAUCCACACACCUCACUGGUCCUUACAGUCGAUUUGUGUGAACGCUUGUAGACUGUUGCCCCCUGGAGCCAGAGAUGGGAAUAAAAAUGAUAAGGAUCAUUUUACUCCUUUACCAUUUGCUUCCCCUCUUCUAGCUCUAAAACCUCUCUCAGGCCACCACAAGGGAGGGAGAAUAGAGGAAGGGGCACUUUUUCACUUUUUUUCUUUUACCUCAAAUUUUGGCAGCAGUUUGGGAACUCCCCAAACGGACAUGCUGUCUAUGGUGCUCUUGCUCUCUCCAACGUGGGAGGGAUUUCCAUAGCUACCCCUCCUGAAGUGAAUUUGAUGAUCCUAAUUAUUAUUGCUCUAUUAUCAAUAUUAUUACAAUUGCUAUUGUUACUGUCAACGUUGAUAUUACAGGUAUUGUUAUUAUAUAAUGAAGAUGACUAUUUUUUAUUUUAAUGUUACUGUUUUUUUUUUUUCAUCUUUGUUAUUAAUAUUAUGAUUUUUAACCCCUCUUGACUAAGAGGGACUUCUUUUCUUCAUUCUUGCUUGUUCAUUAUGAACAUGAGAACAAGCUAAUCAGCAUUUUUGUUGCGCUUUCCGCCUCUCCCACCCCCACGAACCUCUCUAUUAAUGAAGCGCCAUCACAUCAUUGUAAGUCACAUUUAUGACUGCAUCAAGGCAUAUCUAGAGUAUUUGCUCAUUGCGCUAGUCACUGAACACGUGACCAAGAAAGAGAGGACCAGACACCAGCUUGGGCCUUUCUGUUUGGUGCCACUCUAAUGAAAUCUGUAAAGUUUCUCAUCCCUUCAAAUGGUGCUUCUUUUCUGUCUCAAGUGUCUCUAAAUUUGCCCUCACAAUAUCGAGGCAGGUGCUGGACCUGGGUGCUCUUUAGCAGCAGAUGUCAGUCAUGUUUAGUGGCAGGGACCUCCCAGUCCCGAUGAUGGCUCAGCCUUCCAUCAUGCCAUCUGAUUGGUGCUGACUCAUUUGUCUGCAGUUUCAUUGGCCAUUCUUCACUACCCAUGUGACAUUUUUUAGACUAAGUUCUCUAAGGUGCUGAUAGUGCUAGCAAAAAUCCACCUUAAUCAAACCGCCCUAAAGAGCUGCUGAUAACCGCCCAUGGGUCUUAUGCUUAUGAUUUCCAGAAUCCAGACUCAGCUCAAACAGGGAAUUCUAAAAUCAUCAGCCAAUUUUUAUUGGCUUAAAAUUCUGCAAUCUCUGCUUGAUUCACUCUAGAUAUGUUCAGAUUGACUGUAAAGCGGAGACUUUGAGCUGCAGUAG